UUCAUCUCGAACAAAUCGAAAGAACUAAAGCAGUCAGGAAAAAGUUUGAUAUGGUCACCAAAUUUUCGUAGAUCAAAAAGAAAUUCUUUAGUUUAGUGAAUUAAAUUUGAAGUGAUGGCUUACUCUUCCCAGAGAUUAUUUCUUCAUGUUCCGUUUAAAAACGAACAACCUCCGCUACCGGAUCAAAAACAUAGCCAUUGUGAACUGAAAACCUAUGAAUCAUGCACCGAUGUGCGGGCUUGGACCCGUGAUCCUCUGCUCAUGUCACAAUUCAUGAUAGAGGUGGUGCACAAGUCACGUUUUCAGAGAAUGAUGUUACGGCCGGUUGGUGACUACGAAUUAACCCGGGAGUAUUUGCUGCAAUUGAGCACUAUUGAGCUGACAGAUUACGUUUUGAGCAUUAUGAAUGAACUAAAAAAAGUUAAAUCCAAUGUGCGCGAUUUGACAGAAAGUCGCCAUGAUCUCGAGCAUCAACUGGCUUCGGUUCAACAAAUUGCGGAAGAGUGUUUUCAAGAGCGAGAGGAGGUAAUUCUUAUUCAGGAGCAAUCGACAGCUGACCUGGAAGAAACUAUUCGUGAUUUGAAGUGCAAAGCCCAUUGCUAUGAUCGUGUUGUCCAAGAAAAUCAGUGCCUUCGAAGUGAAUUACAAACUUUACAAGAAAUCGGCUCUUCUAAGACUGAGCAGAAGCUUGACGACGGUGCUUGUGGUGAUACAGAGGCGUCAACCUGCGUGGAACUCAAAGCAGAGCUGUGCAUCCAUAGGCAACAUUACGUGGAAAUGCAGCAUCAAAAACGAACUCUAAUGGAGCAGCUGCGAAGGGCUCAUAUCGGACAGGAUCAAAUAUUCAAAUUGAAAAAUAAGCUGAUUGAUGAAAAACAACAAAAAGAAAAACUUCAAGAGCAAUUGGACAACGCAUUGAUUAAAAGCGAUCGACAAGAAUUGGAACUGAAAAGGAUGUCUGCUUAUAUUGCUAUGUGUAAUCACAGACUGGAGCGUAUAGAGUCCGAUAAAAAACGACCCGUACAUAUGCUAACCGAAUCAAGCAGUGAAAAAUCAUUUGAAAGUGAGGGAAGUGAGGAACUUAACCCAUAGAAAAUAAUUAAUCAUAAUCAUAUAAACCAAAAGGUACUAUCCAAAAUUAAACCGGAAGUUUUAUCGUAUUCGUUCACCUCACUGAUACAAAAGCUUUAAAAACCGAUCGUCACACUAGAUGAAAAAAAUGAACAUUUAUUGAAAACUGUUUGAAAAUAAGUACUUUCGGAACGGAUUUCACAAAAUGGUAUUGCA